AUGGAUAGCCACUGCAUUUCGCUGGUUCAAGGAGUUCAAUCGUGGAUGUGCUUAGCUGGCAGAGAGUUUUCAGGAGGUCUUCCAAAAUCAGCUGUUGUGCCAGAAAACAUCGAUGCUGUGUGUGAAUUGAUAACGGAAGAUCGUCAUAUGACAUAUCGUGAGAUGCAGACAUCCUUGGGCAUUAAUAUGACUAGCAUAUAUACGAUAUUACAUGAACAUUUGGUCGUGAAGGAGCUGUGCGCGUGUUGGAUCUCGCAUAAUUUGACGAUAGCUGAAAAAAAGGCUCGUGUGUAUUGUUCUAGAGAAAUGCUGACAAAAUACGGCCGCGGUGCGUUCAAAGCCGCGUGUAAUAUCGUCACAGGUGACAAAUCAGGGAUUUAUCAGUAUGAGCCCGAAACAAAACGCCUGUUAACUGUUUGGGUGUUCCAAGAUGAAGCAAACCCGACGAAAGUCACUUUGAAGAAAAUGGUUGCAUGUUUCUUCGAAAAAACUGGACAUGUGGCAACUGUGGCUAUAGAAGAUUGCGGCGCUUCCCUACCCGAAUUCGCUGGUCCCAUCACCAACUUAACCGUACCGCUCGGAAGGGACGCAACUUUUACGUGUCUGGUCAAACAUUUGGGGGGUUACAGGGUCGGCUGGGUGAAAGCGGACACUAAGGCGAUCCAGGCGAUCCACGACCGCGUAAUAACUCAUAACAAGAGGAUCUCAGUGUCCCAUAGCGAUCGUACGAUGUGGAAUCUCCACAUAAAGGGCGUGCAACAGGAGGACGAAGGUGUCUAUAUGUGUCAGAUUAACACGGAUCCCAUGAAAUGGCAAACGGGCAUGCUGUCAAUCGUUGUGCCACCAGAUUUUAUCUCUGAAGACACAUCGAGUGAUGUCAUGGUACGCGAAGGAGGACAAGUGAAGUUAACGUGCCGUGCAAGAGGCGUGCCACCGCCCCGCGUGUCGUGGCGCCGUGAAGACGGGAAGAAGAUUGUAAUUCGGAAACCAUCUGCAGGAAGCGCUUUGAGCCAGAAGUCUCAUGCGGUCCCGAUGGCCGACUACCAAGGCGAGGAACUGAACCUGUCGAAGGUCUCGAGAAACGAGAUGGGUGUGUACCUCUGUAUAGCGAGCAACGGCGUACCUCCAGCAGUCAGCAAGCGUAUUUUUAUCAACGUUCAUUUCUCGCCUGUAAUUCAUGUACCCAAUCAACUGGUCGGGGCACCUCUGAGCACGGACGUGGUCCUGGAAUGUUUCGUCGAAGCCUCGCCGAAGUCGAUUAAUUAUUGGGUCAAGGAUAACGCCAUGAUAAUAUCGAGUGUACAGCAUGACGUGCAAAUCAUCGUCAAAUCGCAGUUUGAGGUCAGGAUGGUUUUGACUAUUCGCAACCUGCAUAAAUCUGACGUGGGCACCUACAAAUGCGUGGCUAAGAAUUCUCUUGGUGACGUCGACAGCAGUAUUCGUUUAUACGAGAUCUCGGGGCCAGCGAAAACGCAGACGGCGGCUCGACCGUCUUUUUACGACGAGGAGGACGAACCCGUAUACGGCUCGGCGGAGAUGGACAAAAUGGAGAACAGACCACUCUCUGUGGACAACACAAUCAAUGGUCACCUGGGAUAUCCGUCGGUGGGGACACCGGUGCCGACGAUGAGGAUCGGGAAAAAGAGGCCGACGAUCAGCAUGGGCUCGAACGCGGAUCAUCGGCCGGCUUCCAGUCUGCUGAUCAUCGUUCUGAUGCUGAUCGCCGUCUGUCAACGAUGCCAAUGA